UCCCCAUCUCAUUCCCUGAACUUGGCUCAGUCAGGGAAGCACAGUAGCCCCAAGUUAGCCCGGGAGAGGUCAACCACAAACAUGAAACUCUGCAUCUGUUUCUUGGCCUUUGCUUUUCUUCCUGAGCUACACAGCCUGGAGGUCCCAACAAAUGCCCUUCCUGACUUUGUGGAGUAUGACGAUCUCCUGGAACUAGCCCCUGGCAAAUUUCAUAUAAUGUCAAGGAACCGAAGACACCAGAGAAGUGUAUCCAGUAGUCCUGAAUCUGAAGAAGAGCAGGUGGAUGGUGAUGACCAGAUAAUGCUUUACAGUUACAAAGUUCAUUCCACUGUGACUUCCCGUCUGGCCAACACCAUUGUGCAAAGCAAAGUGGUGAAUAACUCUCCCCGGUCCCAGAAUGUAGCAUUCGAUGUGCAGAUACCUCGAGGGGCCUUCAUUAGCAACUUCUCCAUGACUGUGAAUGGGGUGACCUUCACUAGCUCGAUCAAGGAGAAGUCUGUGGCCCGAGGCCUCUACGCACUGGCCCGAGCAAAAGACAAAAGCACUGGAUUGGUCAGGAGCAGCGGCGUGGAUAUGGAGAACUUUCAAACAACAGUGAUUGUGCCCCCGGGAGCCAAGGUGCAGUUUGAAAUUCAUUACCAAGAAGUGAAAUGGAGGAAACUGGGUGCCUAUGAGCACAAGGUGCACCUGAAGCCUGGCCAGCUGGCCAAACAUCUAGAGGUAGAUAUCCACAUUGUUGAACCGCAAGGCCUUCGUUUUGUCCAUGUUCCACACGCACUUGGGGAUCAAUUUGAAGGAAUCGCAACUAUAUCUCAAGGCGACAAGAAGGCCCACGUUUCCUUCAAACCAACCGUGGCCCAGCAACGAAAAUGUCCCACCUGUCCCCAGACCUCAGUAGAAGGAGAGUUUGUGGUCAAGUACGAUGUGGCGAGAGAGAAGAAAGCUGGGGAACUGGAGAUUUUUAACGGAUAUUUUGUUCACUUCUUUGCUCCGGAAAACCUGGAUCCAAUUCCUAAAAACAUCCUCUUUGUCAUUGAUGUCAGUGGCUCAAUGUGGGGAGUUAAGAUGAAGCAAACUGUUGAAGCCAUGAAGACAAUAUUGGAUGACCUGCGAGCUGAAGACCAAUUCUCCGUUGUUGAUUUCAACCACAAUGUCCGAAGUUGGAAAGAUAAUUUAGUUCCAGCCACUGACUUGAUGACUACCGAUGCCAAGAAGUACAUUGAGAAAAUCCAGCCCAACGGAGGUACAAACAUCAACGAGGCCUUGCUGAGAGCCAUCUUCAUUUUGCGUGAAGCCAGCAACCUGGGUUUGUUGGAUCCCAACUCUGUCUCGCUGAUCAUCUUAGUUUCUGAUGGAGAUCCCACAGUAGGCGAGCUGAAACCGACCGUGAUCCAGAAGAAUGUGAAGAAAAACAUGCGGGACAAUAUCUCUCUGUUCAGCUUGGGGAUAGGAUUUGAUGUAGACUAUGAUUUCUUGGAGAGACUGUCCCGUGAAAACCAUGGAAUGGCCCAGAGGAUUUAUGGAAAUCAGGACACUUCUUCCCAGCUCAAGCAAUUCUACAACCAGGUCUCCACCCCUCUGCUCCAAAAUGUCCAGUUCAACUAUCCCCAGGAAUUCGUGACAGAUGUCACCCAGAACAGCUUCCAUAACUACUUUGGUGGUUCGGAGAUCGUGGUAGCGGGCAAAGUCGACCCCAGGAAACUGGACCAGGUGGAGAGCGUCAUCACAGCCACCUCGGCCAGCACAGAGCUGAUCAUGGAAACCUUGGCUGAAACAGAUGGAUUAGAUGACUUCCUGGCAAAGUCCAAGUAUGCAGAUCCUGAUUUCACCAAGAAAUUGUGGGCUUACCUCACCAUCAACCAGCUCCUCGCCGAGCGAAGCCUGGCAACCACAGCUGCUGACAAAAGGAAAAUCACAAAAACUAUCCUCCAGAUGUCCCUGGAGCACCAUAUCGUGACUCCGCUGACUGCCAUGGUGAUUGAGAACGCAGCCGGGGACGAGAGAAUGCUGGCGGACUCUCCCCUGGACCACAAGUGCUGCCCAGGAGUCGUAAGCCCUGGCGUUAAGACUGCUAAGAAUUCCAUCCCACCAUGGGCUAGGCCCACACCAACACAAGAGGAGCCAAUGAAUGUGAAGCAAGCUGCAGUGCUGAUGGCUACCUCUCCCCCUCAUGUAAUGAGAGUUGAAAAUGACCCCCACUUCAUUAUUUACCUGCCAAAGAGCCAAAGGAACAUUUGCUUCAACAUCGACUCAGAACCUGGCAAAAUCCUCAACUUGGUUUCUGAUCCAGGUUUAGGGAUUGUGGUCAAUGGGGAGCUUGUUGGAGCCAAGGUGCGGAAGAAUCAGAAGCUAAGCACCUACUUUGGAAAACUGGCCUUUUAUUUCCAAAGCCAAGGGGUCAAAGUGGAAGUCAGCACAGAGAUGAUAACACUCAAGCAAGGAUCUCACACCACCAUUUUGCUGUGGUCAGACACAGCUCAAAUCACCGACAAGAGGCUGAUUGUUUCUGUGAGAAAAGAGAAGAGUAUGAAAAUCAUCUUGGAUAGAGAAAUGUCUUUCUCCAUUUUGCUUCACCGUGUUUGGAAGAAACAUCCCAUCAACGUGGACUUCCUGGGCAUUUACAUCCCGCCCACCAACAAAUUCUCCUCCAGUGUACAUGGACUAAUAGGUCAAUUUAUCCCUGAGCCAGAAGUUCUUAUCUACAAUGAGAGGCCCGGCAGGGAUCCAAAGAAGCCAGAAGCCAGCAUGGAUGUGAAAGGACACAAGCUGACUGUCACCAGAGGCCUGCAGAAGGACUACAGGACGGAUAUAAUACUGGGAACAGAUGUUCCCUGCUGGUUUGUGCACAACAAUGGGAAAGGAUUCAUUGAUGGGCAUUACAAAGAUUACCUUGUCCCACAGCUCUACAGCUUCCUUAAACGCCCUUGAUAGCUUGCACACACCAAUGUCCUCUUCUAAAAACCAGGUUUUGCCAUUUGGUGAAACAAAGCCAGUAAGUCCAAGAGAAAAUGAGUUCUUCCCCAGUGAGGGCCUAAGGUUUGGGAGUCCCAAAUGAAGCAUCUAGCUUUGUGUUUUUGGAUGAGGAUUGUUUUACACCUAAUUAUGAUAGAGUGAGAUGUAUUGGACAUAUUCACUUGUUCAGCCUUGGAAAUCUCUAUUUCAAUAAACUGAACUGACUAAAGUUUAGUACAAA